AUCCUCUUAUAUAUAUGUACAAACCUUUGACGUCACAAUAAACUUUGUGCAUAGCAUCGGUCAUCUAUAUGAACAUAAACCAAAACAGAAAAAGCUGACCCAUGAGGUUCGCAGAAAUGGGUUGUCAUGCAUGGUCGCAUUUAUUUGCUAUUUACUAAACUUCAUAUUGCCAUACACUUGCCUCACACUUUUAGUCUUCUUGUUUUCGGCGUAUAUUUCGACCUUGUCUCGAACAAAAGAAACAUUUCUCACACUAGGACGAUUUAGUCAGUUAUAACUUGCACAAAGUUUUAUCUAUUCAAAUAAUUUUUACAGGCAACAUGGAGGUUUACCUACCUCAUACAAUUCGCUAUGGUUUUACAAAUACAUAUUUCGCUUUCGUUUUCGGCGGUACGUUUACAGUGGAAGCUAAAAGUGGAUUAUACCAGACAGAAGAGGAGAAACAGGAUUCUCUAUGCACACCAUACUGCAAUAUUACCAAUGUGACUGCUGCAAGUGUGAGUAAUGGUAAUGACACUAGAAUGGCACUCAGUCUCAUCGUUGGUCUGGUAUUUUGUGUAAUAAUAUUCAUUUGGGGAGCGAGAAUCACGAUUCCAAUGAUAAUCAAAUAUCUACGGUAUCCCCGAAAUAUACAAGAUGUCGAUAUGGUUUCAGAUGCUACAGAAUUACAAAUCAUCGAGGAACAACAAUCGUUAAGCAUUAAAGAAACCAAUCAUAUUCCACCGUUGGCGACAGUGGAAAAGGGUGAAACUUAUUUGUUAGCUGCUGCAUAACGUUUAAGAUUGGGUUUUUUAGACAACUAAUAAGAUGAAAUUUUUGCAGAAAAUCUUGGUAUCGUCAAUCGGGGUUUCAAAUACUGUUGGUUCUUGUACAUACAUAUGUUUUAUCCCAUCUGCACUCUCAAACGUACUUUUAAAUAAAACUAAAAUUUGAUUUCACACGGAAUAUACACCCAGAAUCGAGAGACGGAACAAAACAUUUUAAUAUAUUUAGAGUGGUAUUCUAAUCAACUGAUUCUUCUUAUUAUAAUUUAGUCAAAAGCGACGAGCUGCCAGAAUCAUUAGCACGCCGGACAAAAUGCUUAGUGGCAUUUCGUCCGCUUUUAUGCUCUGAGUAAAGUCGAGGUCGGCUUUACCUUUCAUUCUGUAGGAGUCGAUGAAAAAGGUACUAGUUGAACACUGGUGUCAAUGUAAUUGACUAGUUCCCUCCUCACAAAAUUUCAGGCCUUCUGCCUGUAGUAGAAAGGACUAUUAUAAUUUAGUGAGAUGGGCGAGGGACAGUGUCCAGGACAUUUUUCGGCCUUUCACAUUGGUUAGAUCGAUGCAACUAAUAACCUCCCGGCACAAUUUCAGUUCAAUAUUUGCAGGGAAAAGGUGUGCGAAAUAGUAACCCGGGGUUUUGUUCAAAUACUGCAACAAGUAAACGCUGUUAAAUCAACCAAAGGACCAAUUGGCUCUGUUAACUGACCUUCAGCGCACAUUUUACUACUCCAUGAAAUAAGAAAGAGACCUUGUCAAGUUUUGAAAAUCAGAACAGAAAAAUAAAGCAAAUACUGUGAUGUACAUAAAAAAAAAUCUAUCAAAACUGCAACAUAUGUCUAUGUUUGUAUGUGUGUUAUGACCAAAUGAAUUCGGUAUUUUACAUAUGUAUUACAAAAGGGUGUUUAGGACGGACUUUUUGUGUAAAUCUUUGGCUUUUUUAAUGCCUUUUUACAAUAUCUAGUUUGGUACUCCACAAACUCACAAACCACUAUAUAUCAGUACUAGUACCUGUAAUAUAAUAAGAAACUUCAUUAAUGUAGUAAUAUGCAUUUUCUGCUGCUCUGCGUCUAUUGCUUUUGAAAGUUUUUCAUCCAUCCAGCUUUGUGCCUUGCCUCGAAAAGACUAGUAUUGUGUGAGUAUAGACCAUAAAAUUCAAUGUAUAUGUAUAAUAUACUCUGUCAUACACGAGAGUAAUAUAAGUAUACAGAGAAUUAUAUUACAUAUAUAUAAAAACGAUAUAUUUUCGACAAAAUCUAUGAUCUCAGGAAGGAAAGGGAAACUGUAUAUUCAAGCAAUAAAAUAUUUGUCAUUAAA